AUGGAAAGAGCCCUUAUAGUGGAGACUGCGGCAAGUGCUGUGGAUGAGGUAACCAAGCUUUUGCAGAUAGAUGAGCCUCUCUGGAUCAAGUCCGCCUCUGAGGGCCGGUGCAUUCUUCACCGCGGCAGCUAUGAGAAGAUAUUCCUGACGAGAGCCAAUUUUAAUAUAAGAAGCUUUACCAAUGGUGCUCGUUUCGAGUCUUCCAAGCAUUCCGGGAUCGUCACCAUGAGUGCCAUGCACUUAGUUGACGCGUUUCUAGAUUCGGAUAAAUGGGGAGAUAUCUUUCCCACAAUUGUUACAAAGGAGAAGACAAUUCAAGCACUUGAAAAAGGAGCAUUGGAAAACAGACACGGUUCCUUGCAUAUGAUGUAUGAAAAAAUGCACAUCCUUUCACCUCUUGUUCCAUCACGGGAGUUCUGCUUUCUCCGCCAUUGCCGGCAGAUCGAGCAUGGCACUUGGGUGAUUGCGGAUGUUUCUUAUGAUUUCUCAAAGGAGAGUGUCUUUCCUUCUCGUAGUUGGAGGCUUCCCUCCGGCUGCAUGAUUGAAGAUAUGUCAAAUGGCUCCUCCAAG